UAGAAUAGUUCAAAAAAUGUCAAUUUCCCAAAACAACUUUUUGACCAUGUUCCCUGUAACUUAUACAUUUGAGAAUGGGGUCUACUCGACUAUUAUCAACCAGAAUACUAUUCAAACCCCGAUUCCAAAUCCGAUUCAACAUCAUAUUCAAAAUCAUAUUCAAACUUCAAUUCCAAAUACAAAUCUUCUACUGGAAAAUGUUCAAACCGAUGUACAAAAACUAAUGGUACCACUAAUCGAUCAGCAAUUCCACAUUCCAACUUCCACCCCACUCCAACUUGCACCAAUCCCGACUCAAAUUCAAUCUCAACUUCAACCACAAAUAUCUCAAAUACCUAUUCACAAUCAACCACAAAUUCAAAUUCAAAGCCAAGUUCAACCUCAACUUCCCACUCAAAGUCAGCCAAAACCUUCUUCUAAAGCGUCAUUGGACACUAGCUCAAACGCCUUUAAGAAAUAUGUGAACCCAUUUGCACCUGAAGCUACAGUACCCCUGCCUGUUGAACUUGAAGAUCAAUACGGACCAUAUAGCUCAUCAGUUUGGAAACGAAACGAACGUGAGCGAUGUCGAGUGAGAAAUGUGAAUGAUGGUUAUGAGAGACUGAGAAAACAUCUUCCAGUUCAUUUUGAUGAAAAGCGAAUCUCAAAAGUUGACACUCUCCGGCUUGCAAUCCGUUAUAUCAAACAUUUGGAUAACUUAUUGAGGAGCGAGCUUCAUCAGUAUAACUGCAAGUGCUUCAAUGGAUUCCAAGAGGAGUCCGAAGGAAAUAUUUUAAUCGAUAUUUCUACGUUUAAUUUUAAUUCGAGUAAUAAUGCUAUGUGAGCGGAUUGUUAUUUGGAAUACGAAAUAAAUUAAUAAAUAGUGGAUAAUAAC